AUGGCGCCAACGGGAACCGUAUUGUCUCCCUCAAUCAACUAUCGCUGCCAUCGAAUGGUGGCCUCUCCAUCGGAGCAGCAACAACCACGGCUGGAGGCGGCAGAAGGUCCGGUGGUGCACGUCGCAACACCACAGCGCCGAACGGUGUACGACAGCCCGCAACAUCCACUGGGAGAAGGCCGCGAGGCAGCUCCGCACCCGCCGGUGGAGUUGUCGCGUCAGAUGCGGCACAGGCUGGGGCAACGGCACGAAACCAGACUGGACGCACGGCUGCAGCACGCGCAAGGCAGGCGGAAGCAUACCAGACUGGCCGGUCAGCACAGCAGUCCGACCCUCAUGCGGAUGCGGCGAUUCAGCGUGCUGCAGGUGCGGCGACUACGUGUGCCGCUGAUGCGGCGCAUCAGCAUACAGAUGGAGAGGCGAUUCAGCGUCCUCCUGGAGCGGCGAGUCCGGCCUGCUGCAGGUGCUGCGUUUCAGCCUGCCGCUGGUGCUGCGUUUCAGCCUGCCGCUGGUGCUGCGUUUCCGCAAGAAGAUGGACAGCAGGUUUUUCUCGAGGCUGAAGCCACGCUUGCGUUUGCAGCUGGAGGCGCAGAACAGCCUGGUGUUGGAGCCGCGUCUCACCCUGCUGGAGUCACGUUACCUCAUGAGGCUGGAGCCUCAUUCCAGCCCGACGCUGGUCCGGAGUUUCCGGCUGCUGCUGGAGGCGCAUUAGAGUCUGAUGCUGAUGCAUUCGAUGCGUUUCUGGAGGACGCUGAAGAUGGUGGUGGUUAUAAGCAGCCAGUGGACCUCGAGGCGGAGCCAGAGAUAGAACCCACCAUCCCUGAACCUGGGUACAUGCCUGAGCCGAUGGAAAAUCGUGCGACAGAGUCUGCGUCGCCAACAGUUGACCGUGCAGUGUUUGAGGCCCAGGCCGCGCGAUACCACCAGUUGGAGCGCGAGCUUAUGCAAGCGCGAAAUGAGAUGCGUGCCAUGCAGCGACAACAUGCACCCUCACAACAUGGCACUGGUCAACGCGAUGGGCCGCGGUUUGACACCGAGAUCAACACCGAUGCGGAUGCAGGUGGUUGGAACGAUGCGGCGAACAUAGCAGAUCCGAACGGAGUGGUUUCAGGUGGGGCCGGUGCGACAAACAGUGGGCGUUUCGAGGCGGCUUCCGCGGCUAACGGAGGGCCGUCAGGAGCUGUUGUUGCUGCUAACGCUGGGCUACCGGGUGCUGCUGGUGCGGCUAACGGAGUGCGUUCUGGGCUUGCUUGUGCGGCCAACGGAGGGCCGUCAGGUGCUGCUGGUGCGGCUAACGGAGUGCCGUCAGGUGCUGCUGGUGCGGCUAACGGAGGGCGUUUUGGUGCUGCUGGUACGGCUAACGGAGGGCGUUUUGGUGCUGCUGGUGCGGCUAACGGAGGGCGUUUUGGUGCUGCUGGUGCGGCUAACGGAGGGCGUGUUGGUGCUGCUGGUGCGGCUAACGGAGGGCGUUUUGGUGCGGAUGCGGCAGGCGAAGACAACUACGAGCUGCACCUUAACAUACCGCGUCCCUUGGUGUUGGUCGAGCCGAACCGCCCUGCGAUCAUUGACGCUGUCAACAGUGCGUACGCACAUGGAGCCACACUCGACCUGCAUCAACUGACUCAUAUGCAACGGUCGUGGGCGCACCGUUACGCGAUGGCGUUGGCCUCAAUCCCAGCGAAACACAACGGGUUCACGGUAGGGCACGGUCACCUCAUUUGUCCAGUCUAUCGCCUUGCUCGUCGCAUGUAA